AUGCCCUUCGUUCAAUUCACGCUACCCUCUGACAAUCAACACGACAUCGAUCCAGCCUGGUUCGACAAACAGAAACAACGCUUUGUAGAGAAGAACAACCCGACUCUUCGCAAUUGGCUCAUCGAGCAGGUGGACGCUCUCAAAGCUUUUCAUGAUGGCGACUUGAGUGCGGACGCAGCUGCAGCUAUUAUGAGACACCCCAUCUCUACCUCAUCUGUACCCGACUUGGGAAGUUACUCCGACGAAGCUAAGGGAGUUGACGAAGCAGAGCUCGCCUUGGCAAGACGCCUGUAUCUGAGAAUCAGAGACCUCGAAGCGCAGUUGAUAGCGAAGCGUGUCAUAGGCUUGGGCAUGAGAAGAAACCAGUACAUCAUCCUAGCUCUCGAGAAGAACAUCGACGAUAGCGACAGGCAAAUCGCCACCAACGAGGCCACAGCCUACGAACAAGUCAAGCUUGACUUCCACAUUCCUGCCAUCUCUUUCUUGUUCAAACAUGAUGCCCGCGAUAUAUACGAUCGUGUUGUCCGCGACGAACUCAGAGAUUGGGCACCAGCUCAACUGCUGCCAGAGAGCGCUGGUCUUUCUGGAAACGACGAUUGGAUGAGUUGGCUCAAGGGAAGGAAGGUGGUGAUGUAG